AUGAAUCUGUCAACAAGUAACCCGCUAAUAUCGGAUCAACGGGUAGAAAUUAACGAUGAAUACGAACUAGAAAGUGGCCUGGAAUGUAAUCAUAAAACCACUGACUCGUACAUCUUUCGACUAUUUUAUAAUAUCUUGAAAUACUUAAAAGCCUACAUUUUAUCAACUUUUAUUCGACAAGCAAAACCGUCAAUUCAACAACCAAACUCCGAGAAAAAUAAAGAAGAUGAAUAUAUCAAUUUAUCCUCAGAAUCAAGCUCCGAUAUAGAGAUAAUUGGUGUCAAUUAUAAACCAACAAAUGACUUCCAUUUAAUUAACAACAAAACUACUACUCGAAUUCAAAAUAACAGUAUACUAAUAGAUGACACGGAAGAAACUCCAUUCAAUAUUGCCAAUGACAAUACGACAUCUAACUUAUUGAAACAAUUGGCCCAAGAUAGAAUUAGAAACAGAAACGUUUCAGCAACUCAAUAUGGCACAAAUUUAUCAAUUUCUAAACCUAUCAAAUACUCAUCACUGGGAUAUCAGCAAUGGCAAACACAAGAGGAAACAACUACAGCAGAUUUUGAUAAACAACAACAGCAACAACAAACUUUAUUUGAUAUUGAACCUAUUACGAACAAAUAUCAAGAAUCAAUAUUAAACUAUUAUGUGCCAACAAAACCUUUAUCAAUAAAUUCUUACUCGGUAUUAGAUAAUGUCAUAUCAAAUUUUUAUAUUGAUAAAAUUUCAUCAAUUUAUCAUAAAAGUCAUGAAACAUUGCAACAGCUAGUUACUAAGGAAAGAAUUGAUUCUCAAAGUAAAAUCCAAACAUUACCUUCAGAACAUCUAAAUCAAGUUUUAAAAAUUUGGUCAAACAAUUCUCGUCAAUUAAUUGUUGAAAACUAUCUGAUUGAAAUAUAUACUCAUGAUUUACAUACUUUAAAAGAUUCCAAAUGGUUAAAUGAUAAUAUUAUUGAUUAUUAUUUCAAUUUAAUAAUGAAAGCAAACCCCAAUGUAUUUGGCUGGACAACUCAUUUUUAUACUACGUUAGCACAACGAGGGUAUCAAGGGGUAGCACGAUGGGCCAAGCGGAAAAAAAUCAAUGUUUUCGCUAUGGAAAAGAUUUUAACCCCAAUAAAUAUUGGUAAUAUGCAUUGGGCAUUAGCUGUUAUUGAUAAUAUAAAGAAAACAAUCACUUACUACGAUUCUUUGGGAGGAUCACGUAAUUCAGGCAACCCUCAAGCUGUACAAACUUUGGCACGGUAUAUGAAAGAAGAGGCUAAGAGAUUGGGGGUGACAGGAAAUGAAUAUAGAUUGAUUCCUCACACCGAAGCCCCACAACAGAAAAAUGGAUCAGAUUGUGGUGUUUUUACUUGUACUGCUGCUAGAUAUAUUUCUGCCAACAAACUUUUAUCUUAUAGCCAAAACGAUAUGAAAAUUAUUCGCAGACGGAUGGUCUAUGAAAUUAUAGAUAAUUGUUUACUAGAUUAA